UGGACAGCCGGGUGCCACAUGGCAGAGAGGAGCCAGGAUAAAAGAUGAGCUGGUCUGCGGGACUGUAGCGUCUGCAGCCGAACAGCUGGGAGAAGUUUGCAGGAAGGUGGCAACGAACUUUGCUGGGUGCACAGAGCCAGACGAUUCAAGGCACGGGAGACACCAGGUGUUGGGCUGCAGGGGAGGAAGGACACCAGGGCUACAGCCAUCCAGAAACAACCGCAGCCUGAGCGUGAGCUGCGGAGCACUCCGUCCCCUGAGAGCCUCUGGGCGCAGCCAUGUCCCUGGUGGCGAAGGAGAAGAACCACGUGCGGCUGGUCUUCUUGGGCGCCGCCGGUGUGGGCAAGACGGCUCUGAUCCGCCGCUUCCUGCUGGACACCUUCGAACCCAAGCACCGGCGCACGGUGGAGGAGCUGCACAGCAAGGAGUACGAGGUGAGCGGGGCCACGGUCAAGGUGGAAAUCCUGGACACCAGCGGUAGCUACUCUUUCCCAGCGAUGAGGAAGCUCUCGAUCCAGAACAGCGACGCCUUUGCCCUGGUCUAUGCCGUAGACGAUGCCGAGUCCUUCGAGAGUGUCAAGAGCUUGCGGGAGGAGAUCUUGGAGGUGAAGGAAGACAAGUUCCCUCCCAUCGUGGUGGUGGGCAACAAAGCAGAGAGCGGCGGGGAGAGGCAGGUCCUGGCGGAGGACGCCCUGUCGCUGGUGGAGCUGGACUGGAACAGCCGCUUCGUGGAGACGUCGGCCAAAGAGAACGAGAACGUCCUGGAAGUCUUCAGGGAGCUCCUGCAGCAAGCCAACCUGCCCAGCCGGCUCAGCCCAGCCCUCUGCAAGAGGAGGGAGACGUUGCCCAAGGAGCCCAUGCUGAGGCCUCCCAUGAACAAGACCAACAGCUGCACCAUGUGCUGAGCCGGGCCGUGCGGGGCUGGGAGGAAGGCGCUGGCAGCAGCGGCACUGGCUGAAAACUCAGGUGGGCUGGGUGGAGAGAGGUGCUGCCUCGGCCAAAACCAACCCUGCUCCCUCCCACCCCUUCCCUCCUCUUCCCCACCCAGCCUGUUCGGACUGGUUAGAUUUGUAGAUCAAAAGGAGGAGGGACUUGGACGGGAUCCUGGUCACUUUGGUUUGGCCGCUAGCGGAGCGGCGUGGGGAGAGGACGGGUUCCCGAAGGGCAGCAAGCGCGCCUGCGUAACCGCGGUCCGUCUGCACGCCGUCGCCCCGGGGCUGCGCCGAGCUGGCAGGCGUAGUCACGCCGCGGGAGAGGGGGCUCCAAGCUCUGCCGGAGAGCACGUUGCGCGCGUGCAACGGUGAGCUUGCAGGCAGGGAGGCAGGAGGGACCUCGCGUGCUAGGAAGGGGGCAAACAACGGUCUGCUGCUGCAGGCAUCAGGAAGCAGACGGGGCGGCUGCGCAGCUGCCGUGCACCCCACCGGUUCCAGCCUCCCGGGUCUCGUUCGGGCCCCGUGUCCACCUCGCCCCAAGCAUUCGCACGUACGACGCUCUGGUGCCAGCUCCCUUUACGAUGACAGAACCGGUGUCCAAAGUAGUUUUGAUUUUGUACUUUAGGUAGAGUAUGUGAUAGGGCAGUCUAUGCAGCUCCUCAGUUUUCUGUUUUCUACUUUUUUUUUUUUAAAGCAUACCCAAUAAACACAUUGCAAAGCGGA